GGAACAUUCCAUAAGGACCGUGAAGCUGAUGGUUGCUACACUGUCUCCUCCCCGGCUUUUAUUCAGAGAAAAAACUGAGAUGAGCUUAAGCUUAUGAUAAACGAGACAGUUUAAAGAGUGGCAGCUCUGACUCGGUCAACUCGCCGGCUGCGCAAUGGAUUCCGCCCCGACGAAGCUCGAAUACUACACCGACAUGCUGAAGCUCCGAUCCUCAGCCACAGUUCUCAGCUUCUUCAAGGUCGAUGAUCGUAGACAAGCUCUGGUAUUGGAUUCUACGGUCUUCCAUCCCCAAGGCGGAGGCCAGCCAGCUGAUACCGGCGUUAUUGCUGUUGGGGAUUCGGAGUUGAAAUUUGUUGUCGAAGAUGUUAGAUUGAAAGACGGAAUCGUUUUUCACUAUGGUUUUGUUGAUAGUUCUGCUGCAGUUUCCGAGUCAGAGUUCGAGAAAGGGAAAGAGGUUGUUCUGUCUGUGGAUGAGCCGAGACGCAAGCUUAAUUCCAGAUUGCAUUCAGCUGGGCAUUUACUGGACAUAUGCAUGAAGAAUGUUGGCUUGGGACAUCUUGAGCCUGGGAAAGGCUACCAUUUCCCUGAUGGGCCAUUUGUUGAAUACAAAGGCACAAUUUCACAGACUGAUCUCCAAAACAAGCAAAUCGAAUUGGAGAGGGAAGCCAAUGCUCUGAUAUCUAGUGGUGGAAAAGUUUUGGUGGCUGUGCUCCCUUAUGGAGAUGCUUCUGAUCUGUGUGGUGGCUCCCUUCCUGAUUAUAUUCCUCAGAAUAGCACUCCUCGCAUUCUGAAGUUUGGGGACAAUCCUGGAUGCCCCUGCGGUGGUACCCAUGUUGACGAUAUAUCAGAGAUCAUCAGCAUGAAGGUUUCUCGAAUCCGAACAAAAAAGGGAAUGACCAAAGUUUUAUACAACGUUGAAUGAGCUCGAUCUUCAGGAGCACGCUAUGUACUCACCAUACGUGACUACUGCAGAAUCAGACUCCCUCCUCUACAAACUACAGUUUAGCGAUUGAAGAAUUCUAGAGUUCAUUUAAUUUGAGUUAUGCUAUUUCUGUCCUGAGUAAAUCGAUCAAGUACACAGCUUACAGGCUUCUGCAUGUCCAUGCCGGAUAUAUAUACUAAAAACAUAUAGUUUCUGUACUGUAAUCAAUCACGUCUGUCAUAGAAUACCUAUUCCUAGGCUCAUCUAUCGUCUGAUUUCCAUUGAUCUUGGACUAGAAGGUGAUACUGAAUUGGGGCUUAGUUGUUUUGGGAUAGCGAUUUUGGAAGUUGUAGAUGAUGCACGGAACGGAACACGUGUGCGAUGUAAUGGUCAGCACGAGUGAGUGGAGCCGUGUUGGUGUCCGUUCAAAUUGUACUAUCUAUAUCGGCAACUUUCUAGAACU